AUGCAAAAAAAUUUCAUUGCGCUUUUUGUGAUAAUCACUAUAUCAUUUCUUUGCAAGCAAGGAGAUGGGAAAAGAAGGUUCGAGAGUCGUUUGAAUGCAUCUAAUAUAGAUAAUAAUAACAUAUUGACCCCAUUUGGGAUAGCUAGAAAAAGUAUUAGAAAAAAUGAGGCAUUUAUAAAUAGUAAUUUGAAGGGAGAUGAUAUAUUAAAAAGAGAUAAAAAAAAAGGAUUUAAAUCAAAAAUAAAUGAAAAUAAAGAUGAGCAUAAUAUAAAAAGUAAAAAAUAUGAUCAAAGUGGAAUAAAAAAUAGAUUAAGCUAUUCUACAAAGGAUCAAAAUCAUGUAAAUAAUUACUUUUUUAGUAAAAUUGAAAAUAAUUCUAUUAAUAAAAGAAAUAAAAUGAAUCAAUUAUUUAUGAGUGAUGAAGAAUAUACAAUAAAUUCAGACGAUUAUACAGAAAAGGCAUGGGAUGCUAUAAGUUCUUUAAAUAAAAUUGGAGAAAAAUAUGAAUCCGCAUAUGUAGAAGCAGAGAUGUUAUUACUAGCUUUAUUAAAUGAUUCACCAGAUGGUUUGGCUCAAAGAAUACUAAAAGAGACUGGAAUAGAUACAGAUUUAUUAUCACAUGAUAUAGAUGUUUAUUUAAAAAAACAACCUAAAAUGCCUAGUGGUUUUGGAGAACAAAAAAUUUUAGGACGAACAUUACAAACUGUACUAAGCACUAGUAAACGAUUAAAAAGGGAGUUUAAUGAUGAAUAUAUAUCUAUAGAACAUUUAUUACUAAGUAUAAUUUCUGAAGAUUCAAAAUUUACACGACCAUGGUUAUUGAAAUAUAAUGUAAAUUAUGAAAAAGUAAAAAAAGCUGUUGAAAAAAUUCGAGGCAAAAAAAAAGUUACAUCUAAAACUCCUGAAAUGACAUAUCAAGCUUUAGAAAAAUAUAGUCGAGAUUUAACAGCUUUAGCUAGGGCUGGGAAAUUAGAUCCCGUUAUAGGCAGAGAUGAAGAAAUCAGAAGAGCAAUACAAAUCUUAUCUAGACGAACAAAAAAUAAUCCAAUAUUAUUAGGAGACCCUGGAGUUGGUAAAACAGCAAUAGCUGAAGGAUUGGCAAUAAAAAUUGUACAAGGGGAUGUACCUGAUUCUUUAAAAGGAAGAAAAUUAGUAUCUUUAGAUAUGUCUUCAUUAAUUGCUGGUGCAAAAUAUAGAGGUGAUUUUGAAGAAAGAUUAAAAUCUAUUUUAAAAGAAAUUCAAGAUUCAGAAGGACAAGUGGUUAUGUUCAUAGAUGAGAUACAUACCGUUGUCGGUGCUGGUGCAGUAGCAGAAGGUGCAUUAGAUGCAGGUAAUAUAUUGAAACCAUUACUAGCCAGAGGAGAAUUAAGAUGUAUCGGCGCAACUACUGUUAGUGAAUAUAGACAGUUUAUAGAAAAAGAUAAAGCAUUAGAAAGAAGAUUUCAGCAAAUAUUAGUAGAUCAACCAAGUGUUGAUGAAACCAUAAGUAUAUUGAGAGGAUUAAAAGAAAGAUAUGAAGUACAUCAUGGAGUGCGUAUAUUAGAUUCAGCGCUUGUACAAGCAGCAAUAUUAUCUGAUAGAUACAUAAGUUAUCGAUUUUUACCUGACAAAGCAAUAGAUCUUAUUGAUGAAGCUGCAUCUAAUUUAAAAAUUCAAUUAUCUAGUAAACCGAUACAAUUAGAUAAUAUUGAAAAGCAAUUGAUUCAAUUGGAAAUGGAAAAAAUAUCUAUUUUAGGAGAUAAACAAAGUGCUAGUUUAAUAAAUAAAUCGAAUUCUGGUAAUGAUAAUAACAAUGUUUCUACAGAUUAUACACAGAGCCAGAAUUUUAUAAAAAAAAGAAUCAGUGAAAAAGAAAUAAACAGAUUAAAAACAAUUGAUCAUAUCAUGAAUGAAUUAAGAAAGGAACAAAAGAAUAUUUUAGAAUCAUGGACUAGUGAAAAGAUGUAUGUAGAUAAUAUAAGAGCUAUUAAGGAAAGAAUAGAUGUAGUUAAAAUAGAAAUCGAAAAGGCAGAAAGAUAUUUUGAUUUGAACAGAGCUGCUGAAUUACGAUUUGAAACAUUACCUGAUUUAGAAAAACAAUUAAAAACUGCUGAAGAAAAUUAUGUAAAUGAUAUACCAGAAAGAAAUCGAAUGUUAAAAGAUGAAGUUACUAGUGAAGAUAUUAUGAAUAUAGUUAGUGUAUCUACAGGCAUUCGAUUAAAUAAAUUGUUAAAAUCUGAAAAAGAAAAAAUUUUAAAUCUAGAAAAUGAAUUACAUAAACAAAUUAUUGGUCAAGAUGAUGCAGUAAAGAUUGUUGCACGAGCAGUUCAAAGGUCAAGAGUUGGUAUGAACAAUCCUAAAAGACCAAUAGCAUCUCUUAUGUUUUUAGGUCCGACAGGUGUAGGAAAAACAGAAUUAUCAAAGGUUUUAGCAGAUGUACUAUUUGAUACCCCAGAUGCUGUUAUACAUUUUGAUAUGUCAGAAUACAUGGAAAAACAUUCAAUAAGCAAAUUAAUAGGAGCAGCACCUGGAUAUGUUGGAUAUGAACAAGGUGGGUUACUUACAGAUGCAGUUAGAAAAAAGCCGUAUUCUAUUAUACUUUUUGAUGAAAUAGAAAAGGCACAUCCAGAUGUAUACAAUUUGUUGUUACGAGUUAUAGAUGAAGGUAAAUUAUCAGAUACUAAAGGAAAUGUUGCAAAUUUUCGAAACACUAUUAUUAUUUUCACAUCGAAUUUAGGUAGCCAAAGUAUAUUAGAAUUAGCAAAUGAUCCAAAUAAAAAAGAAAAAAUUAAAGAACAAGUUAUGAAAUCAGUUAGAGAAACAUUUAGACCCGAAUUUUAUAACCGAAUUGAUGAUCAUGUUAUUUUUGAUAGUCUAACGAAAAAAGAAUUAAAAGAAAUAGCAAAUAUAGAAAUUACUAAAGUUGCCAACAGAUUAUUUGAUAAAAAUUUUAAAAUAAGUAUUGAUGAUGCUGUUUUUUCAUAUAUUGUUGAUAAAGCAUAUGAUCCUUCUUUUGGUGCUAGGCCAUUAAAACGAGUUAUUCAAUCUGAAAUAGAAACAGAAAUUGCUAUUAGAAUCUUGAAUGAAACGUUUGUAGAAAAUGAUACAAUUCGUGUUUCCCUUAAAGAUCAAAAAUUACAUUUUUCAAAAGGAUAA